CUCUUCCGAAACACAAAUCAACCCCUCAAAACUCUCUUUCCUCCUCUCUUGGGUGUUCCUCAAAACUACACCAAAAAAUGGCUUUAUGUGGUGCUUUGAGGGGUGGAUUUGUUCCCAUAGCUCAAAAUGGUUACACUUCUUCUAGUUUGCUUAGUUCAUCCGCCAACGCGAGCAUGCCAUCAAACAAACGAAAGUUUACUGGAAUCGUAGCUGUUGCAAAAGACAAUGCGAGUAAUGAACAAGAGGACCUAGCAAUAGUGAAUGGGACUGCAUCUGUUACCCUCAAGUAUUCCGGGGAGAAACCCAAAACUCCGAUCUUGGAUACCAUUAAUUAUCCAAUUCACAUGAAAAAUCUUUGUUUAGAGGAGCUUGUACAUUUAGCUGAGGAACUCCGAGAAGAGAUCGUAUAUACAGUGUCAAAGACCGGGGGUCACUUGAGUUCGAGCUUGGGUGUGGUUGAGUUAACUGUCUCACUCCAUCAUGUUUUUAACACGCCCGAAGAUAAGAUCAUCUGGGAUGUUGGACAUCAGGCGUACCCACACAAAAUAUUGACAGGAAGGAGGUCAAGAAUGAGAACGAUUAGACAAACGUGUGGACUCGCAGGCUUCCCAAAGAGAGAUGAGAGUGUUCAUGAUGCUUUUGGCGCAGGCCAUAGCUCUACUAGCAUUUCUGCAGGUUUAGGAAUGGCAGUUGGUAGAGAUUUGCUAGGAAAGAACAACCAUGUAGUCGCAGUGAUUGGGGAUGGAGCCAUGACUGCAGGACAAGCAUACGAGGCUAUGAAUAAUGCAGGCUACCUUGACUCCAAUCUCAUCAUAGUCUUGAAUGACAACCGCCAAGUCUCCCUACCCACAGCUACUCUUGAUGGUCCUGCACCGCCAGUCGGGGCUCUCAGUCGAUCCCUCACAAAGCUACAAACCAGCCGCAAGUUUCGCGAAUUACGUGAAGCCGCAAAGGGAGUAACGAAGCAAUUGGGAGAUAAAACACAUGAACUUGCAACAAAAAUGGAUACUGCCAUAAAAGGAAUGGUUGGUGGUCAAGGAGCUUCUAUGUUUGAAGAGCUUGGGCUUUAUUAUGUUGGUCCAGUAGACGGACACAAUCUUGAAGAUCUUGUCCAUGUUUUCGAUAAGAUUAAGUCCAUGCCAGCUCCAGGACCUGUUCUAGUCCACAUUGUAACUGAGAAAGGCAAAGGUUACCCCCCGGCUGAAGUUGCAGCCGAUAAAAUGCAUGGUGUUGUGAAAUUCGAUACUCAAACCGGAAAACAAGUGAAAACUAAGACGAAAACACUCUCCUAUACUCAAUAUUUUGCGGAUUCGUUGGUAGCCGAAGCGAAGGAGGAUGAAAAAAUAGUGGCGAUUCAUGCGGCUAUGGGAGGAGGCACAGGCCUUAACACAUUCCAAAAAGUGUUUCCUGCGAGGUGUUUUGAUGUUGGCAUAGCCGAGCAGCAUGCAGUCACCUUUGCUGCUGGUUUAGCAACUGAAGGGCUUAAACCAUUUUGUGCUAUUUAUUCAUCUUUCCUACAAAGAGGUUAUGAUCAGGUGGUUCAUGAUGUUGAUCUUCAAAAGAUUCCAGUUAGAUUCGCUAUGGAUAGAGCUGGUUUGGUCGGAGCCGAUGGUCCGACUCACUGUGGUGCAUUUGAUACCGCAUUCAUGGCUUGUUUACCAAACAUGGUGGUGAUGGCUCCUUCAGAUGAGGCAGAACUCAUGCAUAUGGUUGCGACAGCUGCAGCCAUCGAUGAUCGUCCUAGCUGCUUCAGGUACCCAAGAGGCAAUGGCAUUGGCACAUUACUCCCACCAAAUAGCAAAGGAACCCCACUUGAGGUUGGAAGGGGACGGGUGAUUAAAGAGGGAAGUAGAGUGGCCUUAUUGGGAUAUGGCACCAUAGUACAAAGUUGUUUAGCCGCAAGCGAGCUUCUUCAAACGAUCGGUAUAUCCGUGACUGUGGCAGAUGCGCGAUUUUGCAAGCCACUUGAUGGAAAUUUGAUCAAAAAACUAGCAAAUGAGCAUGAGGUCCUCAUCACAGUUGAAGAAGCCUCUAUAGGAGGAUUUAGCUCUCAUGUUUCUCAUUUCUUGGCCUUAAAUGGAUUACUUGAUGGAAACCUCAAGUGGAGAGCAAUGACUUUACCUGAUAGAUAUAUUGAUCAUGGGGCUCAAUCUGACCAGAUUGAGGAGGCUGGUCUCAGCCCAAAACAUAUUGCGGCAACAGUUUUAUCAUUGAUUGGCGGGAGCAAGGAGAUGUUACAUGCUGUCAAUGUAUAAUUUGAAAAAUGUUCAUGAUAUAUAUGGGGCCAAAGUCUUGCAGGACUCUUGUGACCACAUUAUACAGUGUAAUUUGUCUUGUAACUUACGUGAUCGCUAGUUAAAAUUUGUUGACAUAAUCUCUUACAAAAAAGUGUUGAAAUUGUAUCUUAUAUAAUUUCAAGAAGGUGGAAUAUAUAUGUACCAUGUUUUUUUUAAAUAAAGAAGCUAUAUAUUUUAUUGGGCUAC